GUGCAGCGAGCGAGUGAAGGUAUGUGUGGCGGGCGCGGCUGGGGCAGCCGCCGCCGCGCAGGCAGGUCCUAAUGCCAGUCACUUCUCAGGACCUUGGCAGACGCAGCCCGGAGCCCCCGAGCCCUGGGCAGGUUCGCCCGUCCUUCCCCGGGAUCUGAUUGGAUAAAGUGGGGACUCGACGGUGGCCGACGUGGGACAGUCUGGCUGUGGCAGGGGUCUCGGAAACCAUGGGUUAUUGCAGUGGCAGGUGCACGCUUAUCUCUAUCUGUGGCAUGCAACUGGUUUGUGUGCUAGAGAGGCAAAUAUUUGAUUUCCUUGGAUAUCAGUGGGCACCUAUCCUGGCAAAUUUUGUACAUAUUAUUGUCGUCAUCCUUGGUUUGUUUGGAACUAUUCAAUAUAGACCUCGUUAUGUAACGGGAUAUGCUGUCUGGCUAGUCCUCUGGGUGACCUGGAAUGUGUUUGUUAUCUGCUUCUAUUUGGAGGCUGGAGAUCUCUCAAAGGAAACAGACCUUAUCCUGACGUUUAAUAUUUCAAUGCACCGAUCUUGGUGGAUGGAGAAUGGACCAGGAUGUAUGGUGACGUCUGUGACUCCUGCCCCAGAUUGGGCUCCAGAAGACCAUCGAUACAUCACUGUCUCAGGGUGUUUUCUGGAGUACCAGUACAUAGAAGUGGCUCAUAGUUCCCUCCAAAUUGUCCUCGCACUGGUGGGCUUCAUCUACGCCUGUUACGUUGUGAAAUGUAUAACUGAAGAAGAGGACAGCUUUGAUUUCAUAGGUGGCUUUGAUUCUUAUGGAUAUCAAGGGCCUCAGAAGACAUCUCACUUACAACUACAACCAAUGUACAUGUCAAAAUAACACAGAUGGCUUCUGUCUGUCACCCCAUGGACUCCUCAAAUGACUUGUGCAGUGGCCUCUUACCUUUUAUGAAGCUCAAGAAGCAAAUGGAUUUAAAUAUACAUACAUGUUAUCAGACCAAACAGGAAGUUUGGUUUUACAUAGACACAUGAGUGAAAACACACACACACACAUACCACUCUCAUUAUCAUGCACACAUCAACUACACUGGACCUCAUCUUUCUGACUGAUAAAUAUGCAGGACACGCCCAUCCUGGAUUUCCUUAAUGCAGGCUCCCUUCUCCCAGACCUUUGAAGGUGGGAAAGGAGCUGUAUGGGUGUCCUCUGCAGGCCCCUACUUAACCCUCUGCAGCCCAGCCAGUUGGCUCUGUGAGGUGCCAAGUUAACCCAGGCACAGGAGUUUAGAACCCUGUUCUCUGUACUCCAUACCAUACAUCUUGAUUGCACCACAGCUACUUUAAUUGCAAAACCAGUCAGACAGAACACGCCAUGAUGAUUUUGUACCAAAUGCAAAAUGGCAGGUCGUUUGCCCUAAAGGCUAUACCAUACAUACUUGCCUUAAAACACCUGCGUUGUGUGCCCGAGCCUCUCAGUGCAGACGUCCCCCAGUCACCUCCUUUAGGCGAACACACUGCUAUUAAUUCUGGACAAUUUUGACUCUAUCUCACAUCAAGGAAUAAGACUGAACUAUUCAGCUGCUCCGGUGUGUCUGUAAGAAAAUGAUGUCUUACUACUGAGCCUCUUCAGUGGCCACAAGAGACAAGGAACCAACAGCAACAGUAACUGUCAUCUUCACAUCUCUUAAACAUGGUCUUCUGAUGGUGGAACAAAGUAAAAUGUAUUAAUCUACUAAACUCAUUAAUCUACUGAAAGCAGAAAUGGCUUAACUGGUUGGUUUUCUUUCUUGCACUUUAAGUGCUUUUUAAAGUCUCUACAAAUGGUGUUUCCUAACACAGGAAGCAGUGUGGAUUUCUAUGACAGAGGCCAACUAACUAUGUAUUAGCUAUGUUUACUCUUUUAUAUCUAAUUCAAAUUCAAGACCCAAUGUAGGUGAACUUUCUUUUCUAACUUCAGCGUACAAGAUUAUUUUUGGGGCGGGUGGGUGGGGAGCAAUAGUUAACUUAGUGAAAUCUUUGAGAUCUCUUUGUGGUAUUUGGGGGAUCUGUUGUGUGUUAGACUGUAUUCCAAUUCUCCUGUAUUAGUGUGGCAGAAAAAAAAAAAAAAACCUGUGCUGUUGACGUAGUUGGCAAUGAGAUACCUUUGGAGACAAUAGUAGGUCAAUGUGUUUAUGGGAUAUUCCGAACUCCUAGGUAAUUGAGUUUUAUAUUUUCGAGCAGUCUUUGGUUUUCAUUAGUGGAAGACAUAAUUAGCUCAAGCUUAUCAGUAACACAGAUGAGUCAUGUUUUUCUUGGAUCUACUUGAAACACUAAAAUCCAGUUUUAUUUAGUGCAUCACUUUCAUGUGAAAUGAAAUUCAGUCUGAGAAGUUAGACAUUGGCAUGGAACAACCCGCUUUUCUUUUGGUACUGACGGUUUCAUUUACUGGGUUAACCCUUUUUUACAUUAACCCAUGCAGAUCUCCAUUAAGACAGGCCAGUUGCUGUCUUUGCAAAGAUGUUUGCAACACAUGCCCAUUUAGGAACCCAUUUAAAACCAAUGAAGGAACUAAAAAUGGCCGUUGGACAUAAAUCACAUGCACAAAAAGAUUCCAACACUGAGUUUUCCCAGGGGCUGCUAUAUGUCAGUCCAUACCUACAUGUAUAAAAUGGACAGUUGCAAACAUGUCAGUGAAACCUCAUAUGGUGUUUUUAUAGUGAUAUGCAUGUUUAAUGUUUGAGGAACUAGUUGUCAAUGUACUGUCCUUUUAUUCCUAAAAUAUAAAUACUAUACAUGCCAGAAGCUAUUGUAAUGUAACUGUUGACAUGAGGUUUCACUGCAUUGCUGCUGGGAUGGGAUUCCAUCUUGUGGUGCAUGUGUAGGGAGGGCAUAAAAUAAGCCAUCAUGUUUCUUUUUAAGUUGCAGCCGACUCUCCACCAAGUCACUAUAUCAUCACCACCAAAUUUUUCAGAAACAGUUGUUGACUACUUAAGAGUAGUCAGUGGACGGGCCUUUUCAGGAGCAGUAAGCACAGUAGUGUGAUCUAGCUGGGAAACAUCAAUGCUGUACAGCUGUAUCCUCCUCAAAACCUGGUGAAGAAUGCUAUUUUUCUAGGCUGAGCUUUUGUUAUAAGCCUAAUAUUCUGAAAGCAAGAGUUAACUAUUCUGAUCUGUCUUUUUUUUUUUUCCUCCUCCUGCAUUUGUUAAUUCUGAAUGUAUUUUUAACAGAGUGAUUUUUUUGACUUUACUAGUGUAAUUUGCAUUUUAAAAAUAAAUGGAAAAAAUGAUUA